AUGUCGGCCGCUUCCAAUUUCUCCGCCAUCCCGUCUGAGGGCGAUAGCCCCGCCGAAAGCCCGCGGAGACGGACUUAUCGGAAGCCAGUUGCGUCGAUUUAUGUCCAUGCCGGGGCCGGAUACCACAGUCUGAUGAACGAAAGGAUCCACAUUCAAGCCUGUACCGAUGCCGCGCGGAUUGCCAUGAGUUUCCUCAAGGCUGGGGCGACUGCUCCCCAAGCCGUCGAAGCGGCCAUCAGGUGUCUUGAGGACAAAGAAAUUACAAACUCCGGCUACGGGAGCAACUUGAACAUCCACGGGGUUGUUGAAUGUGAUGCUACCAUCGUUGAUCAUCUCGGAAGAAGUGGUGCUUGCGGUGCUGUUGCAGGUGUCAAAAAUCCCAUCACACUGGCUAAAACGAUCCUCGAUACGAGUAGUCAGCCAUUGUCACUCCGUAGAGUGCCGCCCAACAUCCUCGUCGGCCCUGGAGCAACGGAAUUUGCAGAAGAGCACUCGCUCAAGACCGUUCGGAACGAGUUUCUAGUUUCGAGAAACGCGAAAGACCGCUACCUACGUUGGAGCGAGGACUUAAAGAAGGCCGAAACGAAAAGGAGGCUCAAAACAACCUUCUUCGACAACCACGCUGCGACCCGGAGAACACCAUCGCCUAGCGCUUAUGACAAGGCAGCGAGUCCCUCGAACAAUGCUCAGCUUCGAGACCAUACUAGUGCCAUUCUCACUGGCACUUGGAACGAGGGCCAACCUGACUCGCCAGGCCGCUCACCCAUUGACGACCAUGGAUUCUUUUCGACAGCUCCCACGACACCCACUCCAGUACAACGCUUUGCUCCGCCCAAGACGCCGGAGCGCUACUUGACCAAUGCCGCGAGCGAACCAUUGCAGUCUCAUAAAGGCUCCCCAUCGUUACCAGUAGAAUCGACCGCCAAGCCGCCAUAUCUCGCGCCCGUGUCCUCGUCCUCACUGUCGGGAAAUGAUGGUCUAAGGAGCUUCGAUAGUACUGAGACGCGUCCGGCCGAUGCUUUUGACUAUUCCGAAGCAUACGGAAUUGGCUCGCCGAGCGACACAACCACUUCAACCAACCCCACCAUGCUAAACCUGCCUCUUCCUAAUCAUCCCGAUGACAUGGUGACGGACACAGUCGGCGCCAUCGCCAUUGAUCUUUACGGCAACAUAUCGGCGGGCUCGUCCUCCGGCGGCAUUGGCAUGAAGCACCGCGGCCGCACCGGCCCCGCGGCACUAGUUGGCGUUGGCACCGCGGUUGUGCCUGAGGACCCCGAUGAUGACCUCGCCACUUCUGUCGCGGCUGUCACAAGUGGCACAGGUGAGCACAUGGCGACCUGUCUCGCCUCGGGCAAGUGCGCAGAACGCCUAUUUCAAGGCACGCGCCGCGGCCCGGGCGGGCGUGACAUUGCCGAGGAGGACGAACAUGCCAUCAUGGAGUCCUUUAUUACCGAUGACUUUAUGAACCACCCGGGUGUGCGCGACCAGCCGACGGACGGGGCGAUCGGUAUCAUGGCAGUCAAGAAGGACCGCACAGGGGCGUAUUUCUAUUUUGCGCACAACACGGAUUCGUUCGCCCUAGCAUCGAUGGCGUCAACGGAGAAGGAACCGCUCUGCGUCAUGUCGCGCCUUGGUAAGACCGGGCGUGUCGCGCUAGGUGGGCGGAAGGUGAGGUUGGAAUAG